AUGAAGAAACCUUGGGCUCCAGUUCAUGCAGCCUCGUGGUACUGUACCGUAGCGUUGUUGGCUUUAAUAUUGAUUGGCUCGGUCGGGGCAAACUGUUUAUCAGAUGAAGCUGCAGAUGUGAAAGGGAGGCAGCUCCUAAGCCGACGACCCUGUGAUGAAAUCUACGUGGUAGGAGAAGGUGAGACCCUUCACACAAUCAGCGACAAGUGCGACGACCCUUUCAUCGUCGAGCGUAACCCUCACAUCAAUGACCCUGAUGAUGUUUUCCCCGGCCUUGUUAUUCACAUCAUUUCUUCACCUUCUACAAAACUAUAG